AUGUUUUGCUCGGGAACUUUACUCAUUACCAGCCUAAAUGAGUCUGACAGCGGAUCAUACGAGUGUAUGGCGACCAACGAAUAUGGCAAAGUGUUAAGUAAUCCAGCUGAUCUGCAUGUCAGAGUUUUUUACAGGGCAAGCUUGCACAGAUGUAGACCUGAAGUGGCCGAACUGACUCAGUUUAUUUUUGUUACUAUGGGAAACAGGCGACACCCGGAAAAUGGUGGUUCUCGCUUGGACGAAACGGUUGGGCCGAACUUCAAUUUCCAUCGUGACUCUGCCCCAAAUAAGGUACAGAGACGGCUUGAUUUUUGUCUCAAUCGUCAUCUGGAGGGGCUCAGACCCACGAGUCGAGAGGCAGAUGCGUUAACUGCAUCACUCCACGCGACACGCAGUUUUCCGUUCACGUCUGCUUGUGAGGAAUUUCUCGUCUCACUGGCAAUGCAUUUUAGCAUAAAGCCUCACUCUUCAAAGACCCUCGGAGGUGGUGAGGCAGCGGUGAAACGAGGCCGAAACGGCAGUACAGACUUUCGAUGA